AAUAAAUGCAGGUCAAAUAUAAUUAUGUUUAAUGGGAACUAUUCUAAUUUUAAAUCUACAAAAUAGAUUGUAGUGUUUAAUUAAUAUAAAUUCUUAGUAUAAUGAUAAUAUAUUGAGGUAAAACUCAAACUAUUUAGUAAUUUUAUUACUAUUUUGAUUUAUUGAAUAAUAAAAUUUUAAAAUAAGAAUUAGAUAAAAUAAUUUUAAGUAUUAUGAACCUAAUAUUAGAUUUUGAUAUUAAUAAUACCUGUGUUUUGCAAGUAUUUACGUCUCCUCUCAUAAAAAAACAAAUUAUUAAUGU